ACAGCGCGUUGGUUUGAAUGUGCUUGUCGCGGAAAGAUGGAGGAAGUAGCUAACCCGUAGCGCCUGUUGCUGUCCACCAGCUGCUGCUGCGCAGUCGCAGAGAGCUCUCUACCUGAGGGGGACACGAUGGCCCAGCAGGAGCAGGUCCAAUGGGAUGACGUGAACACACUCCUGCAGCAUCGUGGAUUCAAGCCCGUGCAUUUCGCAGAUCCUGUAGAGAAUAAGAAUAUUCCAGAUUUGGUUCUGCUGGACAAGAAGUCAGCUGGUGAGAUCCGGAUGACUUUGAGGACGAUGCUCACAGACUCUGAGAGAAGACAAGCUCUCAUCCAGGAGCUCGUCAAGUCCAACAACCAACUCAAAGAGGAGGCUCGGGAGCACACCAGUCGAGCCGCUCGGCAGUCCCAGAGGGCCACGGAGCUGGAGGGGCUGCUGGACCUGGUGAGGACCCGAGUCCAGGACCUGGAGGACCGCUACCUCGGCAAGGCCGCCCAACAGCACGACCACACGCAACGACUGCAGCAGGACGAACGAGAAGCUCGGAAACAGAGUCAGGCUCUGGAGCAGAAGCUGACUCAACAGAGGGAGGAAGCAGCUCGACUGCAGAGGAAACUCUAUUUCACCAUCAAAGAAGAGGAGCGCCGGUUGGCCCGCCAGAGCCACGCCUUCCAGCACAUCUGCAACCGAGUCAGCCGGCAGAACUCUGCAGCGGACCAGCAGUGAGGACACGGCGGACCGACAGUAGCCCGACGUUAUCCAUGCGUGUGUAUUCAGUGACGGUUCUUCUGUUUGCAGAGUGUUGGAUGUGAUCGACUUCUAUGAGACCGACAGGACUCAGCUGCUGGAGGAGCUCAGGUACCGCACGCUGACGCGUUUCUCAACACUUUGACGGGUACGGCUGAUGAUUACUGCGGCGUGAAGCUCUUCCUCUUCACCCCAGGUCUGUCAAGGGUCCAUCAGAAGGGACUCCAGCGGCUCAGCAGGCGGUUACUCCACCUUUGAAAACCAUCCUCGAGGCGUACCAGGAACAGCAAAAGGGAAGCACACGUCGAAUGGAAGCGCUGAAGCGGGAGGUGCAGCAGCUGAAGCGGGAGUUGGAGACGAGAUUGCCAAAAGAAGUGGACAUGAGUGAGAUCCCCAGUGGCCGAGCCAGUGAGCCCAGUCUGUGUGCCCACUAUCACCAUGUGAGCAUGUCGGUCUGAAUAUAUUUAAUUUAUUCUUUCUAACUUCAAAACUAACUGAUCUCCCCUCCUGAGUCCCAGCUGUUGAAUGACAUCAGAGCCGUUGUGACCAAUCCCAGCGCUCCGUUACGACUGCACAGACAGAGACCCUCCUCUGCUGGUCUGGACCUGGCUGAGUUUCAGACCUUCCUCCCCACACUGGAGGUCUGGGCCCAGCAGCUCCGCCUACUGGAGGAUCUGCAAAGAGCUUUAAACAAGUUGACUGCCAGACUGAUGCCCUGGCAGCCAUGUGAAGGCGGCCAUGAUGCUGCCGAAGCAGUGAGGGUGGAGGACAUGCUGCUGCUGGUGGACACCAUGCUGGAAAACACCUCUGCUGAGGAUGAGAAGGUGCUCAGGAGUCCCACUCGACACACUCUGGGCUCCAUGGUGUCUCACUUCCAGAAGCUGUUUGACGUGACCUCCCUCACUGGAGUGUACCCGCGUAUGAACGAGGUCUACGGCCGUCUGGGAGUGAUGACGAACAGCCUGAGGAACCUCCGAGAUGUUCUGCAGCUAGACAGCAGGGUUUCUCCUGCUGAGGUGGUGAACCAGGUGGCCCGACUGGUGUCCUCCACCGAGCACCCUGCUGGGAUCCAACGCCUGCUGGGAGACGCUGACAUCGACAGCAUCAUCGUCAAAGUGAAGCAGCACGAGGAGUUCUUCCCAGCUUUCCACGCCCUCACCGUGGAUAUCUUACACACUCUGGGAGUGAGUCUCCUGGACGACAUCCUUCCUGCUCUGAAGUCUUUGAAACAAACGGCACAACGAUGCUCCGACUGAGCGGUGUUCAAUGAUUUACUUUUUUAGAUUUGUAUCAAAUAAAAACUGAAUAGAUAAAGAUAGAUGAGUGAAUAUGAUAUGUUCACUAAAACAGAAGCAGCUCGACACAAUGGGAACCAACCACUUUAGACUGGGAUGAAAAGAUGUGUCUCUUUUAAAGCUGUUGGAGUUGUUUGAAAGAUAUUAAUUGCGAUCAUGGUUUUGGCUCCCCACGAUUAGACUGAAUGGGAUAUAUUAAUGUUUAUAAUGCAUGCUCUAAAAACAACCACCAGGGGGAGAUCCAAAUGUUGACUUAAUUUUGGGUUUUGGUACGAUUUAAAUUUUAGCUUGGAAGAGAUACGCUGUGAAGAAGGACCCGUCUUAUUUCAGCAGGAAUGUAGCACAACAUGGAUGUGAAAGCAGUGCUUUGUUAAUUUAUCCCUUAAAACCUUUGUUGGCCAGAAUUGUGCAGCCUUAGAGGAUAUACAGUCAGUUUUACACGCUAAAUGUGGGUUAAUAACAGUCAAACUGCCGGUAUCUCCAGGAGGUGGAGGCAGUCCCAAAGGGUUGGAAAGGUGUGUGUGUGAAAAGUGGAACAUUUUGGAGUCAUAAGUCCAAAGUCUGUGUGUGUUCAGGGUUCAUAAGUGGUGAUUAAGAGGGGUUAUUGUGGAGCAGGCUAUAACUUGUUUUAUAGGGAAAUGCUUCAUAUACCUUUCUUUUAAUUAUAUAUAAUUGGUUUGCAGUUAGUCUACUGGUGAUCUUCUAUAUUUAAUUAGAAGUUCUUUUAUAUACAUUUGUUUUGUUCAUAGUGUCCAUCAAUCACAUGCUUUUAUUUGUUGUUCUGUGUGAUAAAGUGAUUACAAAACAAGUGCAGAAAAGUACAUUAACUAUGGCAAUAUCAAUGCCAUCUUUAACAUUAGGGGGGUCCAUAGAAUAAAUGUGUAGAUUAACCAGCACAAGUGAUCAUAAAGCCACUGAGCUCUGAGAUAACCAAUCAAACUCCUGAUAGCUCUGUAUUAGCAUACUUCCCAUGACCCCCUGGAAUACCAGUGACGCGUUCAUGGUCUACCUGACUGUUCAUGUUUUCCCCCAAAACACACAGUUCACACAUGACUCAUGACUCAUCGUUAUCCACAAGGACACGUUCACUCUAAAUUGAUUUCAGCUCUCUGUUCACGCUUCAGUGCCAACCUGGUAUGGCCCUCGAGGACCGUUUAAUUCAGAAGGGGCUAAACUAAAAUGUUAUAGAAUGUAUUACAUUUAAUUUCAAACGCAAUCACGUUUGAACGUGUCCGUAAUAAAAGGUUUAGCAGUUCAUAGACGACACGAAUAACGUUUUUUAACGGCUUUUAACCAUAGGUUUCAACCAUUAACCCCCCUACAAAAGAAAUGGUACGGUCCGCGGCUGUCCGUUUCCGACACUCGGUUGCUAGGAGGCGGAGAACGCUAGAAAUACAACGCAGUGAAAAGCUCUCGCGCUCGCUCACGCGCCACAUGAACGGGUCUCCUUGAUUCGCUUACUUUAGUUCAUGUUGACGUGGAGCGUCGCUGCUUUCACGGGAACCACAGCGAGCGGUUAACAAUGGCGUCCGAGUGCACCCGAGAGGCGCUGCUCGGCUUUCUGACGGCGAGCGGGGGCAAAGUGAAACACGCGGAUUUAAUUGAGCACUUUAAGGUCUCGUUCCCGGAGGCGCCGGAGCAGAGAGCCGCCGUCCGCAGGGAGUUUAAACACUACGUGGACAACGUCGCUUUUGUGAAGACGGAGAGCGAAAUGAAAUAUGUCUGCCUGAGGAAAAAGUUCCGCGUGCCCGAGAAGGAGCAGCUUAACGGGCGCGUGAGCGACGGGACCCGAGCGGUCCAUCAAGAGGGACUCCAUCACCGGGAUCCUGCGGGGUCGCGCAGCUGUGACGCGGCGGAGCUCCGGGCCCGGCCUCGCGCCGCACCUGGCUCAGGUUACGGAAGUGACGGCCAGGUGAGAGUUCCGCACGCCGCCAUUAGUGCGGAGCAAACCGACGGGCUUGAGAUGGGGAACAGAGGAAGCUUCAAGCGAGAGAAGAGGGAGUCCAAGAAGGAGCGGGUUGGACACCGGGUCGAGAUACCCGACAUCGCAGUGAUGACAGCUUCGCCUCUUCCUGCAGAGGGAUCCAUGUUCAACCUGCCGGGGCCUGUCCAGACCGGUUCUACGGGACAGGUAGACGCAGGCGGCGUUGGACUCCACCCCAGAGACCGACCGGUUGAGUCUCUUUCCCCAGAAGGCCCGAACGAGCUGGAACACAUCAACGUGGCGUUCAGGAACUCGAAAGGGUCCCGGCGAGGAGUUCUCUCCAGGCCGCCGGAGUCAGACGAGGACGGAGGGCAGUCGGACACGCGCAGCCUGUCUGGGAGCGAAGGCCUCGGCAGCCCCAAAAGCAGCCGUAAGCACUUCAUCCAGGCCAUGAUGAGCAGCUCCCCCCAGCUGAGGCGCAGCAUGGCGGUGCGCAGCUCCGUGUACCUGACCUCCGGGAACGACGGCGACUCGGCCUCCCUGGCCUCCUCCAACCCGGACGACGACCGGACUUCGGUGGCUCUGGACCCGCUGGAACACGAGUGGAUGAUGUGCAGCUCCGACGGGGAGUGGGGCAACUUGUACCCCCUCCUCGCCACAGACCCGAGUCUGGUCCUGAGGAAGGACUUCGUCACCGGCUUCACCUGCCUGCACUGGGCGGCCAAGCAAGGUAAGCCGGAGCUGAUGGCCCUGCUCAUCAACUUCGCCAAGCAGCACGACGUCCCCGUCGAUGUCGAUGUCCGAUCCAACACCGGCUACACGCCGCUGCACGUGGCCGCCAUGCACAACCGCAUGGAGGUGGUGAAGCUCCUGGUGGGGGCCUACAGCGCAGAUGUGGAGGUCAGAGACUACAGUGGGAGGAAGGCCUGCCAGUACCUCACGGACAACGUGAGCGUGGACAUCCGGGACAUUAUAGGCGCGUACGAGCGGUCCGACUCCAAGAACGCAGACCGCGGGGGCGGAGGCCGCUGGAGGUUCUCCAAGGCUCUCCAGUCCAACCUGAAGCCCCUCAGGCUCCUCAACCCCAACGACUGCGACGCCGUGGACGGGGAGGCCCGACCCAGAGCGAAGGUCCUCAGGAGGAAGUCCUCACUCAGCAGGAUGAAGCCCAAACUGCAGAGGCUGCGCUUGAGGACCUCGCAGAUCGUCCACAGCACCACGUUCCGUGAGUCGGAGGAGGGGUCUGGGUCUGGGUCCUUUAAGUCCAGACCCAAGACCCAUUUCUUUGGGUGAGAUCAAUGCUCACACAGGACAGGACCUGGUUUACAGGGACGUCAACACCAGGCUGGAUGAACUAAUGAGUUGGAGCUGAUACUUUACGAUAUUCAACAUCUCAAAAUGUGAACUUUUGUAUUUCAAGUAAUCAUCAGGCCUUGAAAAGGUCGAUCUCUCAGAUGGUCCAUGAGACUCCAUUUGAGUAGUUACAGAAUGCAUCAUGAAGGGCUGCGUGUGAGCCUCUAGCCUUUAGUGCACGUGAGCCAGGUCAGAGGACUGUUGCUGUGACUUCAGGUUUUAGUGCACGUGAGCCAGGUCAGAGGACUGUUGCUGUGUGACUUCAGGUUUUAGUGCACGUGAGCCAGGUCAGAGGACUGUUGCUGUGUGACUUCAGGUUUUAGUGCACGUGAGGCAGGUCAGAGGACUGUUGCUGUGUGACUUCAGGUUUUAGUGCACGUGAGCCAGGUCAGAGGACUGUUGCUGUGUGACUUCAGGUUUUAGUGCACGUGAGCCAGGUCAGAGGACUGUUGCUGUGUGACUUCAGGUUUUAGUGCACGUGAGCCAGGUCAGAGGACUGUUGCUGUGUGACUUCAGGUUUUAGUGCACGUGAGCCAGGUCAGAGGACUGUUGCUGUGACUUCAGGUUUUAGUGCACGUGAGGCAGGUCAGAGGACUGUUGCUGUGUGACUUGUUGGAGACGACACCAGCUAAGCCAGGAAUGUGUAGUGCACGUGUAGUGCACGAGGUGGUGGAUGGAACCAGACUGCAUCACAUAAACACUUUGAAGUGUGGAAAGUCAUCCUGAUGGUGUGUGCUGAUAUAUCAUUGUCAAUGUGUAUGUACAUCCUGUAUCAAUCAACUACUACAACAACAACAACAACAACAUAUAGUAACAUAGUAACAAUAUAUAGUAACAUGGCAACAACGUGUUUAACUCCCCCAGCUGGUCUGAGGGCCUUCAGGAGACCAGGGGUUUGUGAUGGACCAUGAAGCCUUUGAUCUUUUUUAGUACAUCUUUGAGCCAAACGGCUCUAAUCUUUUAAUUUAAUCAUCAUACGUUAUAUGACUCAAACCUUUGUUUGAAAAACAAUAAUCUUUAAAUAAACUGGAUCA